UUGGGCCUUUGGCGCCUGCGACUUAUUGGCACAUGUCAAUCUCCUCGGAUGACGCCGAUGUACAGGUGGUGACCAUGCGGAGAUUGCGGCCACGGGGCAAACUACGGGCGACGCCGAAAGGCGGCCGAGCCCAGACCAUCGUGCUGGAUGCGCCGACUCGACGGCGAGAAGUGCGAGCUCGACAAGCUCGAGCGACAAAGGUUCGCAAGAAGCGGGCGCCGGACAUACAAGUCGUCGCGUGCAAGCGAAGACGAGCUGCCGUGCAGGUGGAUCUUGAUGACGACGAUCAGGUGAUCGAGACAUGCUGCUCAUACGAGGAGGCCUUCCUUGGCUACAAGACAAAGAAGCCUUCGACAUCGACAUGGCUAGUGCCACGCCAAUUGCUUCCUGCAGUUCAAGCGCAGGCCCCACAACUACCAUCAAGCCCUCCGGAGGAGGAGGAGGUGGCAACUGCACCAAGUGCCAGUGGAGCUUCUGCGCAUGUAAGUUGUCAAGCCAAGGCGCAAGCUGUUCGAGCCGCAGGGCGAGCGGCCGCUCGCGCUGCGGCCGCUCUUGCGGCAGCCGCUCGUGCGGCGGCCGCGCGUGCCGCUGAACGCGCCGCGGCGCGUGCCGCCAUCAAUUCGAGCCCGGUGGAUUUGCCAAAGCAGCUGCAAUUGCCAGCGAUCGCAGAUGCAGACCCGAAGCCUCGGGCUGAGUCGCCGCCGAAAGCUCCAGGAGUGACAAAGAAGCUGCUCGAGAUGGGGGUGAUCUCGGAGGAGGCGGAGGCUUCACCAGAGGCGCCGUACUCGGAGGCAUACGUCGAGCGGCUGCGCUGCAGCGCUGACUGUCACUACCGGAAAUGCUGCGUCUGCGGUGAGCGAUUUGCAGUGGACCAACUCCGUCUUGGCUAUGUGCCAGACACCGCAGCGGAGCCGCGUUGGCUUCACACCCGUUGUCUGGCAAGUGACGCGCUGCGCAUGCAGCCAGGGCAGGUGGUUGCCUUUGCGCCGGCGGUGGCUGCGGAAGAGCGGCACCGGAUCUUGUCGAUUCUCAGCAUCCGCCGGGCGGGUCAUUCGGACGCGAUCGCUGCGCCGGUGGUGCUGCGCCCGCGGCUUUGGCGCCACGGCCCCGGCGUGUCGCAGAGGUGGCAGCGCUGCGCUGUGCCGACCGCCGGGGCGCCGCGCCCCCCGCGGCUGCGGUACAUGGCGCCCAUCUUGAGCCGGGUGUCGCAGGAGGCGCGGGUGGUGCUGUUCCGGGCACGGCACCGGCGCCUGGCUGCGAACCAGACGCGCGCCAACCUGAGAGCUGUGCCCCGAAGGGUGACCGCUAGUGGCCCCAGCGUGGUGGGUCAGCGCGCGCAAGUGGCUGCGACGACCAGGGGCCGAGUGCGAAACGGAGAUGAUGCCAACGCCGA